AUGGAAAACUCUGAUGAGGCUAACAAUAGUCGUAACGAUAAUACGGAUGAUGAUGCGAAUGUAAACAUCAAUGCUGAUGAUUUCCAAGCUCGAAUAGAUGCAGCUGUCGACAAGGCCAUGGAAAAGGUCAUGGAAAAAUUUAAGGAGACGAGUGCUACUCGCUCCAAGACCCAUUCCAAGCCACAUUCAUCUCAUAAAGAAAGUUUUGUUCACUCUUCGAAUGCAAAGAGUGAACCAAAGAAGAUUGUAUUUGAUGAGAAACCCCGUUCUACCAAAGGAUGUACUUACAAGUACUUCGUCUCUUGCAAGCCAAAGGACUUCAAUGGUGAAAAAGGAGAUAUAGAUUGCAUGUGUUGGUUAGACGAAAUGGAAACCAUGGUUGAUAUCAGCGGUUGUGCAAAGGAAGAUACUGUGACGUUUGUAUCACAGUCGUUUAAGGGUGAGACCCUUACAUGGUGGAAAACUAUGAUCCAAUCUACGGGAAAGAUUCCCCUCUACAACCUCGAAUGGUCAAAAUUUGUGGACAUAAUCAAAGAAGUUUAUUGUCCACAACACGAGGUAGAGAAGGACUUACUUACCGACUUCAACUCUAUGUCAAGGUUGGUACCAUAUUUGAUCACCCUAGAGCCCAAAAGCAUUGCGCGUUUUAUUGGUGGUUUAGCACCAGAAAUCAAGGGGCAUGUCAAGGCUUCAAAGCCUACCACUUACCGGUCGGUUGUGGACCUAUCUCUGUCGCUCACCUUGGAUGUAAUGAGAAGCAAGUCUGGAAAGACUGAUGCAAAGGGUAAGAGGAAGAGGGAGGAUGACAACUCCCAAAGGUCUAACAAGAAGAAAAAAAGGAAGAAGGGGCAUAAGACCCUGGAGUGCAAAAACCUUAAGGAUGCCGUUUUCUACGGCUGUAACGAGAAAGGGCACAUCAAGACUAACUGCCCUAAAAAUGCAAAGAAGCAUGAAGAGGCUAAAAAGGGUAAUGCACGAGCAUACAAGAUGAACGCUAGGCAGGCGGUGAAUGAUGAUAAUGUCAUAACUGGUACUUUCCUCAUUAACAACGUCUAUGCUAGAGUCCUAUUUGAUUCAGGUGCAGAUAAAUCAUUUGUAGAUCUUAAGUUUAGUAAACUUUUAAAUCUGCCCAUAGGAACUCUAGAUAUUAAGUAUGAGGUAGAGCUUGCUGAUGGAACCUGA